AUCUCAACAGAAGGAAGGGAAUAUUCAUCCACGACUCCUCACCUAGGAUCCAAAGGCACUUAGAGACGAGAAACGGGCGAAUUAACGGGAAAUCACAGCCUCUCCCUACCACGCCGGGGGAAGGGGAGCCAAGAUCCUGCAAGAGUUAACAGGGUCUUUCUUCAACUACGAGGCGCAGGAGAGGAUCGUGUGUGAAAAUGGCUUCUAAAAUCGUGAGGAAGGUUAUUUCCACUUCUAAGGCACCUGCUGCUAUCGGUGCUUACAGCCAAGCGGUACAAGGAGGGAACACCCUCUACAUCUCCGGGCAGCUUGGACUCGACCCGAAGACGCUCAACUUGGUCAGUGAGGAUGUAGUCGAGCAGACGAAGACCGCCCUGACCAACAUGGGCUAUAUUCUCGAGGCAGCCGGGUGCACGUACAGAAACGUUGUAAAGACAACUGUGCUGUUAGCUGACAUCAAUGACUUUGCAAAAGUGAAUGAAGUCUAUGCCUCAUUCUUCUCCGAGGCAGUGCCAGCACGUGCAGCUUACCAGGUUGCUAAUCUUCCAAAGGGAGGAAAAGUCGAGAUUGAAGCCAUUGCUCUUAUCGGAGAGUUGGACCAUCAGUGACUCCUCAGAAGCCAAAUUUAGUCAGAACUAUCAUCUCUUAUUCUCUCUAUGGCUGAUGUUAUUUGCUUAUGUUUGGGAACAGUAGGCAUUUAUAAACCUUUCAUCAUUACAGUUAUUUUUCUUUCGUAUAACUUUUUGUACAGAGAAUUUUUUUUUUAUUUAAGAUAGUAGAGUACGAUGUUGUUUUCAAUUUCAGAUGUAUAUACAUAUAUGUUUUAUUUACCGGCAUUGAAAUUUAUAUAUGACAGCAAUAAAGAGUGAUUAUUUUCA